CUCCUUAGGAUUCAAGUUUCGAAACACGGUUGCCAGAGCCUCCUUAGAAAUACUGACUGUUGGGGAAAUAAAAGGAAAUUGAGGAAGCUAAAGAGGUGCUUUAUCAUAGAUAAAAUGACGAAGUGGGAGCUUGGACAGUGAACCUCAUGGAGAACCAACAGCUCAUGCCUCUGGUAGAGCCGCUCUCUGGAAAUGAAGCUCUCUUGGCUUUGUAUCUCCAACUGUUCUGCACAAAUGAACCAAACUGGGAAUCAGUUGGAGUCAGUGAAGCUGAACACAACUCCAGCCAUUGUCUCCAUGGCUCCCACGAAACCCCAGUGCCAAACUGAUUAGAUUCACAGUUCAUUUCGAUAAGCUUGUCUGCUCAUGGCACACAGAAGGCAGCGAAGCCUUUCACAAAAUGAGAGCUGCAGAGGGAAAACACACAAGUUGUUUAAUGAAGAGGGAGGCUUCUGUGAGGAUCAUGGACGUUUUCUCGACCACUGCCUCGUGCUGCACUCUUUGGUUUCUGUGCUGAAAUGAUAUUCGGGGAUUUGCCUUCCUGUUAACCACGAAGUCUGCAAUUUUUUGCAGGGCUGUCCUGGAAGUCACCAUGUAGACCAGGCUGGCUUUAAACUCCCCAAGAUCCGUUUGUCUUUGAUCCGUAACCCCUGGGAUUAAAGGGUCCCUUGUAGCCCAAGUGGACUUACACUAUCUACUGAGGGCAGCCUCGAACUCUGUUCCUCCUGUCUCCAGCUCAUGAGCGCUAGGAUUUGAGGCCCGUGUCUUCACACCCAGCUUCAGAUGCAAAGAUCCUGAAGGCAUGUGAAGGGAGCAUCAACCCAACCCCAAGAGCUGGGCACAGUUAGGCGCGUCUUGAACUCUUGGAGAAUGGUAAGUCUUUGCAAGUCAGCCUCGAGGCUCGGAGAACUGCUGGAUUCAGGAACCUCGGCCGGCCUUUCAAUGACAGGUAGGAAGACUCAGCCUUGCAGGGCUCCGGGACGCUUCCGGGCAGGUGGCGGGGAAGGUGGGAGGGCUGUGGCCGGCGCGCCCCUGUGGGGCGGGGCCGGCGAGGAAGGUGCGUGUGGCGGGCGGGGCCUAGGGAGGGGUGGGGCGGGGCGGGGCGGGGCUGGAGUCCCCGUCACUCGAUAAAACGCCGGAGAGUCUCCAGAGAACAACGGGCUCAUUGAGCGGCUGCUAGCUACCGGCGUGGGGGAGCUGCCGGACAGAGAGCGCGAGCCGGCCGGGGGUGGGGCCGCGCGCAGGGGCGACCCAGGCCAAGUGGCCACAGCGGCGCGCCAGGGAGCCCGGCCCCGGCCCCGAGCCCGCGCGCACAGAGGCCGUAGCAGCUCCGCGGGUCCCUCCCACCGCGCGCGCCCAUGGCGGUCGCCGGCCAGUUGUGCUUGCUCUACCUGUCCGCAGGGCUUCUGGCCCGGCUGAGCACAGCUUUCAACCUGGAUACCCGCGAGGACAACGUGAUCCGGAAAUCGGGGGAUCCCGGGAGCCUCUUCGGCUUCUCGCUCGCCAUGCACUGGCAGUUGCAGCCGGAGGACAAGCGGCUGUUGCUUGUGGGGGCACCUCGGGCAGAAGCACUUCCCCUGCAGAAGGCGAACAGAACAGGGGGCCUGUACAGCUGUGACAUCACCUCCCGGGGACCUUGCACACGAAUUGUAUUUGAUAAUGAUGCUGAUCCUAUGUCAGAAAGCAAGGAAGACCAGUGGAUGGGAGUCACUGUCCAGAGUCAAGGUCCAGGGGGCAAAGUGGUGACGUGUGCGCAUCGAUACGAGAAACGGCAGCACGUUAACACGAAGCAGGAGUCCCGGGACAUCUUCGGAAGGUGUUACGUCCUGAGUCAGAAUCUCAGAAUUGAAGAUGAUAUGGAUGGAGGAGACUGGAGUUUCUGUGAUGGCCGAUUGAGGGGCCAUGAAAAAUUUGGCUCUUGUCAGCAAGGAGUAGCGGCUACUUUCACUAAAGACUUUCAUUACAUUGUUUUUGGAGCCCCAGGGACUUACAACUGGAAAGGGAUCGUUCGUGUAGAACAAAAGAAUAACACUUUUUUUGACAUGAACAUCUUUGAAGAUGGGCCCUAUGAAGUUGGUGGAGAGACUGAUCAUGACGAAAGUCUCGUGCCCGUUCCUGCUAACAGUUAUCUAGGCCUGCUGUUUUUGACCAGCCUUUCUUAUACAGACCCCGAUCAGUUUGUUUAUAAAACACGGCCUCCCAGGGAGCGGCCUGACACGUCCCCUGAUGUGAUGAUGAAUAGCUACUUAGGCUUUUCUCUGGACUCAGGGAAGGGUAUUGUUUCUAAAGAUGACAUCACUUUUGUAUCUGGUGCUCCAAGAGCCAAUCACAGUGGGGCUGUAGUUUUGCUAAAAAGAGACAUGAAGUCAGCACAUCUUCUCCUUGAGUAUAUAUUUGAUGGUGAAGGCCUGGCUUCUUCGUUUGGCUAUGACGUGGCGGUGGUGGACCUCAAUGCAGAUGGGUGGCAAGACAUCGUUAUCGGAGCGCCACAGUACUUUGACAGGGAUGGCGAAGUCGGGGGUGCGGUGUACGUCUACAUUAACCAGCAAGGCAGAUGGAGUAAUGUGAAGCCAGUUCGUCUAAAUGGGACCAAAGACUCGAUGUUUGGAAUCGCAGUGAAAAAUAUCGGCGAUAUUAAUCAAGAUGGCUAUCCGGAUAUUGCUGUUGGAGCUCCCUAUGACGAUCUGGGGAAGGUUUUUAUCUAUCAUGGAUCCCCGACUGGCAUAAUUACCAAGCCAACACAGGUUCUUGAGGGUACAACGCCUUUCUUCGGCUACUCAAUCGCUGGGAACAUGGACCUGGACAGGAAUUCCUACCCUGACGUUGCUGUGGGUUCCCUCUCAGACUCAGUAACUAUUUUCAGAUCCCGGCCAGUGAUUAACAUUCUGAAAACCAUCACAGUGACUCCUAGCAGAAUUGACCUCCGCCAGAAAUCCAUGUGUGGGUCACCUAGCGGGAUAUGCCUCAAGGUUAAAGCCUGUUUUGAAUAUACUGCGAAGCCCUCCGGUUAUAACCCUCCAAUAUCAAUUUUGGGUAUUCUUGAAGCUGAAAAAGAAAGAAGAAAGUCAGGGUUGUCGUCAAGAGUUCAGUUUCGAAACCAAGGUUCUGAGCCAAAGUAUACUCAGGAGCUGACCCUGAACAGGCAGAAGCAGCGGGCAUGCAUGGAGGAGACGCUCUGGCUGCAGGAAAACAUCAGAGACAAGCUGCGCCCCAUCCCCAUCACGGCUUCUGUGGAGAUCCAGGAGCCCAGCUCUCGACGGCGGGUGAAUUCACUUCCAGAAGUUCUUCCCAUCUUGAAUUCAAAUGAAGCCAAAACAGUGCAGACAGAUGUCCACUUCUUAAAGGAAGGAUGUGGAGACGACAAUGUCUGUAACAGCAACCUUAAGCUAGAGUAUAAAUUUGGUACCCGAGAAGGAAAUCAAGACAAAUUCUCUUACCUUCCAAUUCAGAAAGGCAUCCCAGAAUUAGUCCUAAAAGAUCAGAAAGAUAUAGCUCUGGAAAUAACGGUGACCAACGGCCCUUCUGAUCCAAGGAAUCCCCGGAAAGAUGGUGACGAUGCCCACGAAGCCAAACUCAUCGCAACGUUUCCAGACACCCUGACAUAUUCCGCCUACAGAGAGCUGAGGGCUUUCCCUGAGAAGCAGCUGAGCUGUGUUGCCAACCAGAAUGGCUCCCAAGCUGACUGUGAGCUCGGAAAUCCUUUCAAGAGAAAUUCCAGUGUUACUUUUUAUCUGAUUUUAAGUACCACCGAGGUCACCUUUGACACCACAGAUCUGGAUAUUAAUCUGAAGUUGGAAACAACAAGCAAUCAGGAUAAUUUGGCUCCAAUUACAGCGAAAGCAAAAGUGGUUAUUGAAUUGCUUUUAUCGGUCUCUGGAGUCGCUAAGCCUUCGCAGGUGUAUUUUGGAGGUACAGUUGUUGGUGAGCAGGCCAUGAAGUCUGAAGAUGAAGUAGGAAGUUUAAUAGAGUAUGAAUUCAGGGUGAUUAACUUGGGUAAACCUCUUAAAAACCUCGGCACGGCAACCCUGAAUAUCCAGUGGCCCAAGGAGAUUAGCAAUGGCAAAUGGUUGCUUUAUUUGAUGAAGGUCGAAUCCAAAGGUUUGGAGCAGGUUGUCUGUGAGCCACACAAUGAAAUAAACUUCCUCAAGCUGAAGGAGUCUCACAACUCAAGAAAGAAGCGGGAACUUCCUGAAAAACAGAUAGACGACAGCAGGAAGUUUUCUCUAUUUUCCGAAAGAAAAUACCAGACCCUCAACUGCAGCGUCAACGUGAGGUGUGUGAACAUCAGGUGUCCACUGCGAGGGCUGGACAGCAAGGCCUCUCUCGUUCUACGCUCCAGGCUGUGGAACAGCACGUUUCUAGAGGAAUAUUCCAAACUGAACUACUUGGACAUCCUCGUGAGGGCGUCCAUAGAUGUGACCGCCGCCGCUCAGAAUAUCAAGCUCCCUCAUGCGGGCACUCAGGUUCGAGUGACGGUGUUUCCCUCAAAGACGGUAGCUCAGUAUUCAGGGAUAGCGUGGUGGAUCAUCCUCCUGGCUGUGCUUGCCGGGAUUUUGAUGCUGGCUCUAUUAGUGUUUUUACUGUGGAAGUGUGGAUUCUUUAAGCGCUCUAGGUACGAUGACAGUGUUCCCCGAUACCAUGCGGUGCGGAUUCGGAAAGAAGAGCGAGAGAUCAACGACGAGAAACACACUGAUAACCCCGAAAAAAAGUGGCCCCCGAAGUGGAAUGAAAACGAAAGUUACUCAUAGAGGAGGGUGUAGGAAAGAAAGCCUCACUGCCCAAAGCCCCCCUUAUUUUUCCCAGCUCAGAAAUCCAGGUGACUUCAAAGCCUGCUCAGCGCCCCGUAUAUGAGACUGACUACACCCAGGACGGACCUACAGUUUCAACUGUGGAUAUUGUUACACCUCAGGCUCCUGUUUUGCACAGCCAAGUUUAAGACUAGUAGAGUGGAUUUUUCUUUAACUGCCUUAAUUUAACUUUCCGGAUUGCCUUGGUUUUUGAUGUGGCUGAUUUCCACACACUGGGGCAGGGCCUGCCCAUCUGCAUUCCCGGGACGUUCUCUCCCCGCCAUCAUCUGUGCUAACAGAGUGGCCAUUCCAGCCUGCUCCCACAGCAUCCUUCUCAUAAGACUGGAGAACCUGCAAGAUGAUGUUUCUUGGCUCAAGACUCUGCCAAUGGAUAGCUUUGCCUCUAUUGAAAGUUCUGUCUUAAAUUAAAUAUGCAGUAGAAGGUGUUGUUACCCUUUGGCCUUCUCUCUCCAUUUCCUAGAAGUGAGGACCCUUGCUGAUGCCAAAUGCACACAGGUUCCUGUCUCCCUUGUCACUAAGGCACAGGUUCGACAGACUUGAAUGCUAGUUACACUUGUUUGUAUAUGAUAUUUAUUUUUUCUUCAAGCCAUCUUGCUGUUGACUAGUAGGCCAAAGAUGCUUCAGGUUGAUUAAGCAAUGAGAAGAGAACCUGGGAGGUCGUUUUUUUUUGUUCUGACCUUAACUAUUUACUGCAAAAAGAAAAAGUUCUUUAUUAACAUGCAAGGGUUGUUUGAAUAACUUAAACUCACCUGUAAAUGAUACCAUCUCCUUUCUGGCAGGCCCUCCCCCCAACCCAGAAAGUCUGACGAAGCGGGGUUGACUGUAGGACGUUUCGUCCUUCCCCAGCGUUGGGUAUAUGGUUUUGAGCCCUGUGUGGAACUUCUGAACUUCGUGCUGUAACUUUCAGAACUCUUAGAGGUGAGCGUGCUCACCGAACUCUAGGGUCUGUGUGCUCAAUGCUGCCAACACUGUGUAUUCAGGACCUGACGUGAGUACCCAUGUGGAUCCAGACCAAUCCAGUGUGAGACUACUGAAGAGCAUCUGUCGCCAAAACAGCCGUACCAGACAGACAGAAUGCCACGCACGGCACCUAGCUUCUUAAAUAUCAUUGGACUCAUUCAACCAGCAAGCCCCAUGUUUGCUUUUUUUCCUAAUCGUUCACCGAAUCUAAAUUCCUCCAGGUGACUUGUGACUACUACGAUAAGACUUUUAGGCCUGGAGCAGGAGGUUUAGCUCAUUGCAAACGUGCUUGCCUAGCGUGCCUGGGCCCGCCUUGGUUGGUUGGUUGUAAAAAUGAUAGGAGGGGGAAAACAAUUAUUUUUUUUUAUAUAUAGUCAACAGAGAUUGAAUAUAUUAUCAAAACUUUUUUUAAAUUGUGUUUUACAAUCAUUAAGUUAUAUGGAAGGCAACCGAGAGCUGGUGCUAAUUGGUUUGGAUAAGCAGUUCUCGAUCUUAUUUUAAAACUUGGUCUCAAGUAACCCAGGCUGGCCUUGAACUCCUUAUGUGGCUUGGGAUAGUUUUGAACUUCUGAUCCCCAUACCUCCCCACCCCAGGGCUGUGAUUGCAGGUGUGUGCUUGGGAUUGAACCCCAGACUUUGUGCAUGCCAGGCCAGCACUCUGUGGCAACCAAGCUAGAUCCCAGCCACUUCUCCAUCUUUUAAAAGAACAAAACAUUGCUAAAUGUGACACCGUUGCUUUGAGUUUUAAUUCUUUUUUUUUUCCUUUCAUAAAACAUUACAACCUUAAGAUAUUAAAGACUUUCAUUCUGGUCCUACUUCUGCUUUUUCACUCAAAAAAUGGUCUUACAAAUGAUGCCUUGUUUACAAAAGUUCUCUACCACAGGUUCUAGUAGUGUGUAAAGUGUCAGUUUCUUGCUUGGGUAUCUUGGAGCCUAGCACACUGGCUUUAAAGGACACAGCCAGGAAGCUGAUAUCUUGACAGUGUUUGUAGACCUUUGUUAUAAAAAAAAAUGAAUGUCCUGGUAAGGGUUAGGAGGGAGUUCAACAACGAGGAAACAAGAAUGUUGUGCUGUUUGAGUUUAGAGUUGUUUAAAAUGUCAUCUCAAGUCAAGUCACUGGUCUGUUUGCAUUUGAUAGGUUUUUAUACUAACUAGCAUUGUAAAAUUAUUUCAUAAUUAGAAAACACCUGUGGAUAUUUGUAUAAAAGUGUGAAAUAAAUUUUUUUAUGAAAGUGCUCAUCGCUUGUUAACACAGCACUAUGUAUGUGAAACCACAAUCUAAGAUUAUACAUGACAACCCGAGUUACCUUUCUUUGUAUUUCAGCAGCCAAAGUAAAGCUUUCAAUGUUU